GGAAAAUUAAAGCCUUAUAUUUUUAAUAGCAUUUAUUCUUACAUCUGUUAUACACUUUUCCUCCUCCUACUCUCUAUUGAAAACUCCAAUGCUCUCAUAGUCUUAAAUCUGUAUCAACUUUUCCUAAACCUAUAGCUAUUUACCCUAAAACCCCCUCUCUCUCUCCCUUUGCUUUAUUUAGGCCCCUUUCUCUGGGGUCGUACUGACUAGUUUUCAAGAGAAAUAAGGAUCAAAUCUUGUUUGGUAACCAUUGAGGACAAAUGAGAGGAAAAGGAUUUCAUUGCAGAGGGAAAGGAGAGGUAUUAGACAGAGAGCUGGGCACUGUCCUCUAGAAGAAACAGGAGACAGUUUACGUACAUAAUGGAGAUGCCAGGUAAGUUGUUUUGUUUUGAAGUUUACUCAUUUAUUUUUCCCUCAGGGUCAAGGCCAUGGACAUCUGGAACCACACCUCGCUAUCAGACUUUAUCCUUUUGGGUCUGUUCAGCUACUCACCAUAUGACUUCUUCCUAUUUUCCCUUGUCCUUCUGGCCUCUGCUGCAGCCCUGGCUGGCAACAUUCUCUUUCUCCUGCUCACCCAGGCUGACAGGCGCCUGCACACCCCCAUGUACUUUUUUCUCAGCCAGCUCUCCAUCAUGGACCUGACCAUAAUGGGCGCAGUGGUGCCCAAGAUGGCAGCCAACUUCCUCUCGGGAAGUAAGUUCAUCUCUCGGGGUGGCUGUGCCACUCAGGUCUUCUUAGUGGUCACGGUAGGAGGGGCUGAGUGCUCCCUCCUGGCAGUCAUGGCCUAUGACAGGUAUGUGGCCGUGUGUCUCCCUCUGCGGUACCCUGUGCUCAUGAACUGGAAGGCCUGCUGCCUGAUGGCCUUGGCAUCCUGGAUGGGUGGAGUGGCUGACAGUGUGAUUGAUGUAGGGAUGGUCUUCAGCUUCCCCUACUGUGGCUCUCUCCAGGUGGACCACUUCUUCUGUGAGGUCCCUGCCGUGCUGCGUCUCUCUUGUGCAGACACAUCCCUCUUUGAGGACUUCAUCUAUGCUUGCUGCGUGAUCAUGCUGCUGCUGCCCCUGGGGGUCGUUGUGGCUUCCUAUGCCCGGAUCCUCAUGGCUGUAAUUAGCAUGACCUCCACUGAGGGGAAACAGAAGGCUCUGUCCACGUGCUCCUCCCACCUGGCUGUGGUGGGUCUUUACUAUGGGGGAGCCAUAUUUAGCUACAUGCAGAGAGCCUCUGCUAGGACUCCAGUGGGGGACCAAGCCACCUCCAUCUUCUAUACCAUCCUCACCCCAAUGCUCAACCCACUCAUUUACAGCCUGAGGAACAAGGAGGUAAUGAGGGCCUUGAAGAAGAUGUGGAAGAUGCAGGGGAGAUAG